AUGGCGGCAGUUGUGGACCGGUUUUCCUUAUCUUUAGAUUUUAGCUCAGAAAAGCUCGGUCCUGACAUUCUCUGGUAUAAUCCACCACAACAGUAUAAACUACGUUGCAAUGGUGACACAGGUUUAAAAGUUUUUUCGAAAGGACAAACGGAUUUUUGGAAGAGAACUUAUUACAAUCCUCAAAUUAUUAAAGAUGAUGGUCACCUGCUUCAUCUUGUGGUAAAACAGAUGAAUAGUGUCAUUGAAACAUCAUUUGAACUCAAAGCUCUAAACCAGUUUGAUCAGGCUGGUAUUAUGGUCAGAGUGGAUGGUGAUCACUGGAUAAAAACUGGUCUGGAAUAUGUGGAUGGAGAGUGCUCCAUGAGCUGUGUUGUAACAAACAGGUGGAGUGAUUGGUCAACGCAGUCAUGGAGUAGCAACAAACUGGCUCUUAGGGUUCACAAGAUAAACGAUGAUUAUGUUGUUGAGAGCAAAUUACCAGAUGGAAGCCCUGAUGACUGGAAAUUUGUCCGCAUUGCUCACCUUGAGUCAGGUGGCAAAGCAGUGAAGAUUGGACUGUACUGUUGUUCCCCCACAAAAGAGGGAAUGAGUGUAGUGUUUGAUCUGCUAAGCAUUCAACAUUCAGAUGGUACAUAUCAUCACAAGGCUUCGUAAUUUAACUUUUUAAAUUUACACUGUAAAAAUUAGAGUCUUUUGGAAUUCCAAAUUUCUCAGUAAACUGUAUUUAUUAGGA